AUGGAGGAUGCGGAGUCCCUUCUGUCUUUGAUAGUUCUCCCUGUUGCAACGGUAGCCAUAAUGUGUGUCUGGACCACAUACCACUCUCAUGUCCAUGUGUUCUCUCCUGAGUCCACUCAAUCCUCAGAGCUCACUCUUUUGUCGAUGCCGACCUGUGAGUUCUCUGCAGUUUCAGCCAGGGAGGCCAUUUCUGAAUUCCCAAGUUACCCAGUCAUGUCCAAGAAUGUAAUCCUUGAGCUCUCUGAAUUUCCUGUCUGCCUGACAGUGACCAUCGAGAUCAUUCCCAAGUCUUCUGUCUGUCCAAAUACGACCAAGGUGGACAGUUCUAAGCCUCAGCCUGCACUACAGAUUCCCGGCUCUAGCCAGCCGGCACUCCAGACGCCCAUCUCUAGCCAGCUAUCCACCUUGGUGGUCAUUAGCUCUGCUAUGGGUAUCUUCGAUCCUGUCUGCUCCACCCUGGUGGUUUUCGGCUUCGCCUGGGUCACCCUCGUGCUCUUCGACUCAGCUGUGGAAAUCUUCUGUCCUGUCGAAUCUGCCGUGGCAGUCUUCUGCUCUGCCAUGGCAGUCUUUAGUCUUGACUACCCUGCCCAGUCCAGCGGGGAACAGCUCUCCAUCAUGGAUCCACUUGACAAGCUGAGCAGAGAGAAGUUGAUCUUCUAUCUGACAGUGCCGCUGUCUUCGAUCAUCAUCUUCUCCAACCUCUUCAUCAUAAUAGGCAUCGCCUGCAACCGUCAGCUGCACAACACCCCAAAUUACUUCUUCUUGAGCCUGCUAGUGGCUGACUUGUGCACCGGCAUCACCCUGCCCUUCAUUCCCCACAUGACGCUUGACCGGCAGCUGGAUUUCAAGCACUGCUUGGUGAUGUACAUCUUCCCCAACUUUCUGUUCCUGUCGUUCCUCUUCAAUUUGGUGAUGGUGCAUUACGAACGCUACCUGUGCAUCGUCAGCCCGCUCCACCACAGCCAGUUCUGGGUUCACCGCUGCUUCCCAUUGGCUUUGUUGACCGUUUGGCUCCCGCCAUUGCUGUAUGCAUCACUUCCCGCUUUUGGAUGGAAUAAUUGGGUGGAACCCAAUUCUAACAAGAGCUCCGACUCAAACGAGACAUUCUUGAGAUCAACCACGUCUCAAAACUCCACCAAAGAGGAUGAGGUUUGCUCCUACAAACAGGUUUUUCCCAAGGCCUUCAUUUAUUUGGAAGUGUGCGGACUGGUGUUGCCGGCCAUGCUGUCCAUUGUAGCCAUGAUGGGACGGGUGUUGUGGAUCGCGCGCAAGCAGCUGCAGAACAUCUGUAAGCUUCACCGUGCCGUGGACCGUCUUCAGCAGCAGCAGCAGCAGCAGCAGCAGCAGCCAUCGGAUCAGGAGCAGCAGCUUAACCUGCGCUACGCCAAAUGUGUGGCCGCCGUGUCCCUCACGUUCCUGGUCUGCUGGGUGCCAUACAUCAUCUACCAGCUCAUGUCCGUGACGAUGCUGCAGACCGGUGUGAGCUUGCCGAGCUCUUCUCUGUACAUCAUCAUGUCCUGUACGGGAAUCGGGAGCAUGGCCAUCAUUCCGCUCAUACUGGGACUGGCCAACAAGCAGUACACUGAGCCCAUCAGCAGGCUGAUGCUUAAACUGAGAAACCGCUGGAGAGGAGGACAGAAUAACAGAGAUAUUGCACUUUGA